ACUGCAGUACUUUUCGAUAGCCGAUACAGGACAGUUUAUGUGUUGAGGAAUAUGAGUAUGCAUGAGAGUGUCUUCGAUAUGGAAUGUGUAACGUUCUACAUGCAACUUAUGCCCGAUGGACGUUUAAUUUUCCAUCAACUGAAUGUUUUCCGUGAUGUCCAUCCCAGUAAUAUUGGACGUAUGUUGUGGACUGAAGAUCCUUAUCAUCGCAAGUUCUACUAUGCACAAAAGGAGAAAAACAAAAAGAUGACGAUUUAUUCGGUACCGUUCGGUGAUAUUCUGGAAACUUUAUUAGAUGGAAAACCGGGCGCACCAGUGCAAUCUUUCCAUGGCGAUGAUUUCCGGUACUUGAGCGUUUCACGUGGUGUUGCUAUUGUUUAUGCGUUCGAAGCUGGAAAUGCGAAACAGUUUAUCUACAACCUCUAUGGAUCAUUGAUGACCGUUGUGUGCAAUGGUACAAAUCCGGAUAUCCAGCAAUUUGAUCAAUCCAAUUCGUUGCGUCUGUUGUUCGACGAUGAUUUUUGCGCUCUGCAGAACGCCAACGGUGGCAAAUGUACAGUGCGGGGGAUGCGAAUUGUUGAAGAAGUGAUUAAGGAGGAUCAGACGCUGUCUUCAUACUUCUGGCUUAUUGCGCUGAUUAUUGCCCUUAUUUUGGUCAUAAUGGUCCUGUUGAUUUGCUUAUAUCGACGUCGUAACGUCAUGGAAACAACAUUCACAAAAAUGAACCGAUCACAAGUGCAGUAUUACCCAACUUUCAGUUCCGAACGUUCUUUCGAUUACUGA